AUGGCCUCUCGUCGCCGUCUCUUCGCCCUUCUUGCGCUCUCAUUUCCUAUUCUUCCUACCACCGUCGCCGCCACUGCCGCCGCUGCCGCCGACAUCACCUGCACGUUGACGGUCGCGGCCCAACCCGGCGACACCUGCGCAUCUCUCGCGGCAACAUGGGGCAUCUCCGUGACGACAUUUCUGCAGAACAACCCGGGCAUCACGAGCUGCUCCAAGCUGGACGUCGGCGGCAGCUACUGCAUUGAUGCCGAUGCCCAUUCUGGGUCGCCACCGGCAACAAAGCCAACGACAAAGCCAACGACUGUCAGCACAAGCAAAGGCGGCAGCCCGACAACAAGCAGCGGAGGCGGAAGCACAAGCAUACCACCGGCCGCGGGCGGCACAGUCAGCACCGACGGCACGUGCGGCACGGCCAGCGGGCAUGCCAUCACCUGUGCCGGCUCGUCGUUUGGGUCGUGCUGCUCGGCCCACGGCUGGUGCGGGAGCUCGGCGGACCACUGCGGCGCCGGGUGCAACGCAGCGUUUGGCAGCUGCAGCGGGGCGCCCGGCGGUGGAAAUGGGAACGGAAACGGGACGGCGACCACCGCGCCGCCAGAAACGACGUCGCCGAGCGUCACAGAGAUUACGCAGGUGCACACGGCCUGGACGACGCUGACGACGACGACAACCGUCACCAACACGGCGUAUGCCACCAACACGGCCGCCGCCACGAAGACAACAACAGCCGUCGUGACCAACACGGCUGUGGUCACCAACACGGCCGUGAUCACCAGGACGACCCUGUUCCCAGUCACCACGACGCAGACGCAGGUCACCACGCAGACGGUGCAGACCACCCACCUCAUCACGCGCACCACGACCGCCACACAGACCCGCAUCGACACGUCCGUCAUCACCACCAUCACGACAAUCACACUGGUGCUUUCCGUCACCGACAAGGGCCGCGUGCCGGGGCCGACCUUGUCCCUGACUCUGGGUCCCCGGGACGCGGCGGCUCAGCACCCGACAGAAAGAACAGAACCGACUGAACCGACCGCAGCCGCCCGCGUAGAGGCGGCUUGCUGUGGCACGCAGACAAUCUCGUGCGCCGCCACGACGCCGGGUCUGGCCGUCUCCGAGCAGCAGGCCGUGGCGUCACUGGCCAGCCGGGCGGCGCUGGCGAUGCCGGGCAUGGAUGUCUGCUGCGGCGUGCUGUACAAUUGCGGGAGCGCAUGA